AUGAGUGAUUUCUAAACCAAACAAUAUGUAACACAAUCUUCCCAAAGACAAUAUACUUCAGGCUUCAAGGAUAAUGUUAGAAGCAUCACUUAGGAUAGAGUGGAAUAAGUAAUCUCUAGGGAAACACCUAAAGUAUAAACAACCACAGUGGAAGUAGAAUAAAGAAGUGCCACAAAACUCCCUAGAAUGCAAUCACAACAAGUCUUGAGAACUCAAACCCAAGGUUUUGUUGGAGGAUAAAGUUAUAUUUCAAAUAUGGCUGCCAUUCCUUAAAUUGGAUAUUAAGGCAACUAUUCUGUACAAUAAAAUUGCGUUGCUGCUCAACCAUUAUGCAUGAAUGUUAUCGUAGUUUCAAAAGAGGAAAUCGAAGCUCCCUGGAGAUUGGAAUGCGAAUAUCUCUAAUCAGUAAUUGCUGAAUUGGAAAAGAGAAAAGAGGUCUAAGUCGUUGAAAAAGUAGUUGAAAAAGAAAAGGUAGUCGUAGACAACUCUUAAGUACAAUUCUUGGAAUCACAAUUACGUCAAUUAAGAUCAGAAAAUGAUUAGCUAUAGCUGCAACUAUAAUCAAUGAGAGGAGAAAUUUAAUUGAGAAGCUCUUAAACUGAAGAUCUAGCUGCUAAAGAAAGAGAGUUUUACAAUCUAAGAAUUAAGUUUGAAAGCUAAAUUUAAGACUUAGAAGGUUAAAUCAGAAGAUUAUAGGAAGAAAAUGGUAGAUUAAGGAAAGAAAAUAAUGAUUUACUUCUCAAAUUAAGAGAUUAUGAGAAUAAAAUUGCUAUGUUGUCAUCAGAAAUCGAAAGACUUGCUUAUUCUAUCAAAAUUAAAGAUGGAGAUCUUGAAGAUUUGAGAUUCAGAUAUGAACAAUUAGAAUCAUAAGGCCAAACUGUUAUCCAAGAAAAAGUGACAUACUUAUCAUCUGAAGUGGAAGUUUGGAAAUAGAAGUUCAUCAAGGUCAAUCAUGAUUAUAAUGAAUGCUAAGAAGAAUUAACCAUGUGUCAAGCUGAAUUAGAAGCCCUUAGGAAAGGAUAAAAGAAGGAAGUUGUUGUAUCAACCUCAAAAGUAGUAACUCGUACAGGUGGAACUACUACAACAUCUUCAAUGGGAUAAACAAGAGGAAGUAGAAUUUAUGAGUAAUUUUAAUCAUGAAAAAUAAAUAUACAGUUUAUAUUCAGAAAAUUAUCAAUUAUUAAUUUAUA